UUAAUAUUAUUAAUUUACCGAAUUGGUUAAUUAAAAUUCUUCUCAUUUAAUAUUAUACAUACAUAUUUUUAAGCUCUUUCAUCAUGAAAUUAUAUAUAUUAUCAGUUUUAAUAUCAGUUGUGGUAGCUAGACCAUCACAUGAAAUUUUAGGAACUACAGCUUAUGUUUUAGGAACACCAAUUCAAUCUCAAUACCAUUCACAAGACUUUCUUGGUCAAUACGCUUAUGGUUACAAUGAUGGUUUAUCCGCUAAAGUUGAAUCAAAAAGCUUAAAUGGAAUAACACAAGGAGGAUACACUUAUUAUGAUGCUAACGGUAAAUUACAAUCAGUAUCAUAUAUAGCUGAUGCUCAAAAUGGUUUCCGGGCAACUGGUACCAAUUUCCCAAAAGCUCAAGAAGUUGAAAUCAAACCAGAACCAGUAGAAUUACCAAUUCCAGUUACAGAAACAAAUGAAGUUCACGCUGCCCGUUUAGAACAUUUGAAAGCAGUAGAAGAAAUAAAAAAUCGUAACACACAAAUUGAAGAACAACAACAAUACCAAAAAUCUGAUGAAAAAUUAUUGUUAACAUUAUCAAAAUCGAUGGAAAAAGAUGAAUUAUUACAAAAGAAGGAAGCUGACUUGAAAAAUAUAAAUUUGUUACAAGGUAACCAAUUGGCAGUACCGAUUUUAAAAUUAGAAUCCUUUUCACCACAAGCUGUUCCACUUUUGCCUGCAAUCCAGUUGAAAUCGUUCGCUAAUGUAAACCCAGUAACAUUUGCAGCAUAUCCAUAUGGUGCAGCUAAUCCUAAUUAUGGUUGGUCAUACGGUUACACUAAUUUAAAACCAAUAUAUUUUAAUGUAAAACAUUUUUAAGAUAUUCAUUGAAUUUUAG